CAUGUAAAGUUUCAGAAACAUAAACAGAAUGGAUAGUAAAAGCGAAAUCCGACUCUGAUGCAAUUAACAUGACAGAAGCACUGGAAUAACACUUGGAAUUCUCAUCUACGAUGUAUUCACCUAAGAAAUGUGGAGUUAGAUACGAUCCACCGACCCUUGUGGUAUUUUAUGAGGAGAAAUCUUCAGGAAAAUUACACAGAAGAUCAAUACCAAUAAGGAAAUUCAAUGCAGAUACCAAUAUAUCAGAAGCUACUAAACAUCUUAAAGGAAGUGACCAUCAUUUGAAAUACCUUCAAAAUAUUCCUCAUAAACAGAUUGAAGGACUUUUACAAAUGAUUCAAGAUAAGUUAAAAGGAAUUGAACCAAUACCACCUUCAUCUUACCACAUAAAUGUAAAAUUGAACCCARACGAGGAUAUGAACAAGCUUGAUGAUGAAAGGUUAAGACAACGUAAAGCGGCUAUGGACAUUGAUUUUGAGAAAAAUCGAAUUAAACCAGGUGAUGAUGACUUCAUGUAUGAUAAAGAGAUAGAGUUUCCAGAUACAGGAAAGGUUGAAUCAGGUUGGGAUGAAGAAGACGAUUACUCAGACCCUGACUUUUGAAGUAUAAUCAUGUGUUUACUAAACCAUAAAUUAAAGUCAAUAAUUGCAAGCCAAACUUAUUCCAAAAGAAAUCUCAAUUCCAAAAGUUUGCCAAACUUAAUUGUGCUGUUUAUAAUAUGAAUACUAUUGAUAUUUUUUCAUGUUCAGUCUGUUUCUUGGUCGUAUUUAUACAAAGGAACAUGAACAGUAUGCUGAUAUUAGAUUUUUUUCAUGAACCUUGAUAAAAUAUCUUAUAAACAAUUACAUUCAAGUAUGCACUCACUUGAAAAGUCAUUGUCAGAUUAAAAGCAUAGACAUAGAAGCUGAGACCAAAACGUAUGUUGGGAAAUGACAAAUACUGUACCCCCUGAUUUAUUUAUUUGAGAUACAGUACACAGUAGAUACAAAAAGUGUUAAAAGCCGCCAUGCUUACUGUCAGUGCAACAGUUAAUGACCAUCUUACAAGUAUAGGUAUCAUACCAUGUAACAUUUUGGUCUCAUCUCCCAUGUUGUAUGUUUUGAAGCCAACAAUGAUUUUGCAACUGUGUAUGCAGACACUGUACAAAUGAGUGCAGCAAACGAGUAAUGUUGGGGGUAAAAAAAAGUUUUCACAAACACAGCGUUUCGCUUAAAAUAUUUUUGAAUUUAAAUUACUAUGAAAAUCACCCAGGUGUGGAAUAGACCCGAGCUUUCUUUUGACAGCCAAGAACUCAUUUAUGAAAAUGGGUGGUGCAAUCACCCAAAAGUGGGCUUGGCUGUCAUAAGAAAACUCAGGCCUAUUCCAUGGCUGGGUGAUUUUCACAGUAUUAGACUUGCAACAUUUUUAGUAAAUCUAAGUGUUGCAAAUAAAAUAUGAUGAUUGGCUUGGAAUAAAAGUGCAAGUCCCAUAUUAUUACUUGCUCAUAUAGUAUAUUUUACAACCACCACUCCCAGUACGGGGCUCUUCUUUGUAAUUUGCUCCAACACACUACCACUACAUUCUAUAUAAAUUUAAAACAUGCAGCACUCAACUCACAAUUUACUUUGAAUGAUAGUAUUUCCUUCUCCAUUAGUACACUGUAAUUCCUUUCUACCUACUGCAAUAAUUAUGUCGGUGAAAAAGGAAGUACUAACUGGCUAUUAUGGUAUUUAACCACUGUGCUAAUGACCCCUACAUGAAAACUAUGAAUUGUAGAGUAGCCAUUUCAUGCUCUGUAAAUAUUCUGCUUAUGGUUACUUAUAGUUAUUAUUGCUAAAAUACAUUUAACUGAUUAAACUAAGAUUUCAACUUCUGCAAGUGAUAAUCUUAAUAUCAGUAAAGAAGCAUGCUUUAUGAUAGUUUGAAUGAUGCAGCUACAAAUUAAAAUAUAAUUUUACAAA